AUGUCAAUCGCAAAUGCCAUUUUACAAAACUCGCCUUCUUGCCUCGCACCCUCUUUCUCUCUUCUCUCUCCGACUCCUUCAGCCGCUGUUUCCGUUAAGGGAUUUCGCCGGAGAUGCCUGAGGAUGGUCACUUCCUGCGUCUCCUACUCUCAGAGCUCCGUCCAGAACGGUGCCACCGACGCCGUAGCUGUCGUCGGGAGGGACCAGAUUCGUCUUGGGCUUCCGAGUAAGGGGCGCAUGGCCACCGAUACGCUGGAUCUUCUCAAGGAUUGCCAAUUGUUCGUCAAACAAGUCAAUCCGCGGCAAUAUGUUGCCCAAAUUCCCCAGUUGCCAAAUACUGAAGUUUGGUUUCAACGGCCAAAAGACAUUGUCAGAAAGUUACUCUCAGGAGAUCUGGAUUUAGGCAUCGUUGGUCUUGACAUAGUUAGUGAAUUUGGUCAGGGAAAUGAAGAUCUUAUCAUUGUCCACGAUGCUCUCAACUUUGGAGAAUGUCAUCUCUCCCUUGCGAUACCCAACUAUGGGAUAUUCGAGAACAUAAAUUCUCUGAAGGAACUAGCACAGAUGCCUCAAUGGACUGAGGAAAGACCUUUACGAGUUGCUACAGGAUUCACUUAUCUAGGCCCCAAAUUUGUGAAAGAAAACGGUUUAAAGCAUGUGGCGUUUUCAACUGCAGAUGGAGCACUAGAGGCAGCUCCUGCGAUGGGGAUAGCUGAUGCCAUUUUAGACCUUGUGAGCAGUGGGACAACCCUUAAAGAGAACAACUUGAAAGAGAUUGAAGGAGGGAUUGUGCUGCAAAGCCAGGCUGCACUGGUGGCGAGCAGAAGGGCAUUGACUGAGAGAACAGGAGCACUAGAAACAGUGCAUGAGAUUCUCGAGAGAUUGGAGGCUCAUUUGAAGGCAGAUGGUCAAUUCACUGUUGUUGCAAACAUGAGAGGAACGGAUGCUGAGGAAGUAGCUGCACGUGUGAUAGCCCAACCAUCGUUAUCAGGAUUGCAGGGACCAACAAUAAGUCCAGUUUACUGUAAACGAGAUGGAAAAGUAUUGGUUGAGUUUUAUGCAAUUGUGAUAUGUGUGCCCAAGAAAGCUCUAUACGAGUCUGUGCAGCAACUCAGAGCGAUUGGAGGAAGUGGGGUGCUGGUUUCGCCUCUAACAUACAUUUUCGAUGAAGAAACUCCCAGAUGGAGUCAGCUUCUGAGCAACCUCGGACUUUGA